AUGUCCGCUCUACCGACUUUAGUCUUCAUCCCAGGCUCCUGGCAUAAACCUACAUGCUACAAUGAGGUCAUCAAGCUCCUCCAAGGCCAGCAUAGGUUGAAAUGCAUCUCAAUAACUCUGCCUUCGACGACGGGAAACCCGGCCGCAACCUUCAAAGACGAUCUCGAUGCUGCACGCGAAGCUAUUUCGAGCGAGACAACCCACGGGCGAAAUGUUGUAGUCAUUGCGCACUCCUAUGGCGGCAUGGUUGGCAAUAGUGCUAUCAAGGGUCUCACGCAACCACGAGAUUUCACCGAAAGCCGAAAUCAAACCUCAACAACGGGCUAUGUUGUUGGCCUGAUCCUCAUAGCAUCUGGAUUCACCCUGGGUGGGCUUUCCUUUAUGGAUCCUUUUUUCGGCCAACCCCCUCCUUCCUGGCGGGUCAAUAACGAGACAGGAUAUGCUGAACUUGUUGCUUCUCCACGUGAGCUCUUCUAUCACGACUUGCCAGCAGAUGAAGCAGAAUUCUGGGUUUCGGAACUUACUACCCAGAGCCUCAAAGCAUUGUUUGAGGGGGGAGAAUACACAUACGCCGGUUGGACAGAUGUGCCUGUUUGGUACAUUGGCACCACCGAGGAUCGUGGUCUGCCGGUUAUGGUACAACGCAUGCAGGUGGGCAUGGCAAAGGAAAUGGGUGCUAGCGUGGAGCAUAGGGAGCUGCAAACGAGCCAUUCGCCCUUUCUGAGUCAACCAGAAAUGACGGUUAGGAUUAUUAUAGAGGCUGUUGAGCGGUUUACAGGGCAGCUCGGGGAAAACAAGUCUAGGACGAAUGGCUACGACGAUACGAUAGUAGUACCGAGGGCCACAAUCUCGCAGCCUUCCACAUGGUUCAAAUUUGGACUCCCGCUGGCUUUUGGCCACAUAGUAGGAAGGCUGCACACAGCUACCGCAUUCGACGUGCAUGCGCUGGCUAUUGGCAGUGUAGACGAUGUCUGUGACGAACUACGCCGAACGGAGUCUGUGCUGAGAUGA